AUGACUGUUUCUGAUUUGCCAACUGAAUUUAAGAAAGACAUCCAAUUGGCUAUUAUUGGUGGUACUGGUUUGUACAAUUUAGAAUUUUUAGAACCAGUUGCUGUUUUACCAAAUAUUUCCACUCCAUGGGGUGUUACUUCUUCUCCAAUAACAAUCUCUAAAUAUAAUGGAGAUUCAGUAAAUGACAAAGAAUUUUUUGUAGCUUUUAUUGCUAGACAUGGCAUCAACCAUGAGCAUCCACCAACUAAAGUUCCUUUUAGAGCUAACAUUGCUGCUUUGAAGUUUUUAAAAGUUAAAGCAAUUCUAGCAUUCAGUGCCGUUGGUUCCUUACAGCAAGAAAUUAAACCAAGAGAUUUCGUUUUACCUCAACAAAUCAUAGAUAGAACAAAAGGUAUUAGAGAAUCUUCUUACUUUAAUGAGACUGGCUUAGUAGGUCAUGUAGGUUUUGGUUGCCCAUUUUCAGAAGCUUUCGCUAAAUAUAUUUACCAAUUUAGGGACGUCUUAACUAACCCAGAGUCUUCCGAACCAUGUAUUUUACAUUUUGAUAGAGACAAGACCGUUAUCUGUAUGGAAGGACCUCAAUUUUCUACAAGAGCUGAAUCAAAGAUGUAUAGAUCUUUUGGUGGUGAUGUUAUAAACAUGAGUGUGUUACCAGAAGCAAAAUUAGCACGUGAAUGUGAGUUACCAUAUCAAAUGGUCUGUAUGUCAACAGAUUACGAUGCCUGGAAAGACGGUGAAGAUCCAGUUACUGUUGAAACUGUUAUUGGUAAUUUAUCAAAUAACGCAAGGAAUGCUAAUGCAUUAAUUGCUGAAAUCAUUAGCGGAAUGGCUGAAGAAGUCCCUGAAUUUAUGAUUAACGGCGAUGGUUUGAAGGGUUCAAUUAAAAUGUCCAUCACUAGUAAAGCUAGUGUCAUGUCAGAAGAUGCUCUUAAUGAACUAAAAUUUUUAUUCCCUGAAUACUAUUGA